UUGACCGUUUUGACAUGUGUUUUUCUGUGGCGCAGAUACACACUAGUUCUGGCGCCUCGUUGAUUGCAUUCGUUUGCUAGCACAGUUAUUUUUUGAUGGUCUAAAACCGGUGGUGUUGAUCGUUUCCGGUUUUUUGUUCAACGAUUAGAAAAUGUCGAACAUCAACCUCGACAAGGAGACAUUUUUUCGCCGGCUACGCAAGUUACACACAGCCUGGCUAAAAUCCGACGGCGAGAAUGGAUUUUCGAAGACCGAUUGCCUCGUUACUGCCGUUGGCGUCGACGAAGAGCUCGUUUACAGCAAAUCGGGCUCUUUGCAAGUUUGGCUUUUGGGUUACGAAUUAACAGAUACUAUUACUGUGUUGACAGAGACCAAUAUUUACUUUUUAUGUAGUAAGAAAAAAAUUAAUUUCUUGAGGCAAGCCGAGAAUAAUAAAGAAGAAAAUUCGAUUGGGAUUAAGUUACUUAUAAGGGAUAGAAACGAUAAAGAUGAAGCGAAUUUUAAAACGCUUAUUAGUGCGAUUAAGGAAAGUCGGAAAGGAAAAACUUUAGGCACAUUUACAAAAGAAAAUUAUCCUGGAGAAUUUAUGGACUCGUGGAGGGCUGCUUUAAAAAAAGAAGAAUUUAAUGUGGUUGAUGUUUCUUCUGCUGUAGCUUAUGUGAUGUGUCCAAAAGAAGAAACGGAAAUCGUCACGAUAAAGAAAGCUUGUAACGUCUCUGUGGAUGUAUUUACAAAAUAUUUAAAGGAUCAAAUAAUGGAAAUUAUUGAUUCCGACAAAAAAGUAAAGCACAGUAAAUUGGCGGAAGGUGUCGAACAAGCUAUAACCGAUAAAAAAUACGUUUCUGGAAUAGACGUAAACCAAGUGGAUAUGUGUUACCCUGCUAUAAUCCAAUCUGGGGGGAAUUAUAAUUUUAAGUUUAGCGUUUUGAGUGAUAAAAAUAAUUUACAUUUUGGGGCGAUUACAUGUUCCUUAGGGGCGAGAUACAAAAGUUACUGUUCAAAUGUAAUUCGCACAUUGUUGGUAAAUCCUUCUGAUGAGGUUCAAAACAAUUACAAUUUUUUAUUAAACCUGGAAGAAGAAGUAUUAAAAAAGUUAACAAACGGAACGAAAUUAUGCGAUGUUUACGAAUCAGGUUUAGCUUACGUUAAAAAAGAAAAACCGAAUCUUGUUGAGAAUCUAACUAAAAAUUUCGGUUUUGCAAUGGGAAUUGAAUUCAAAGAAAAUUCCUUAACAAUCGGCCCAAAAGCAACUGCAAUCGCACGAAAAGGAAUGGUAUUUAACAUCAACAUGGGAUUUAGUAAUUUACAAAACAAAGAUGCACAAGAUAAAGAAGGAAAAAUUUACGCUUUAUUUAUCGGUGAUACCGUAAUGGUUAACGAUGAUCAACCCGCUACUUUAUUAACGGUAUCAAAGAAAAAAAUUAAAAAUAUCGGAAUUUUCCUUAAAGACGAUUCCGAAGAAGAAGAGAACGAUGAAGAAAAAGAAAACGCCCCAAAACCAGAAAUUUUACGCCGUGGGCAACGAACCGCUGUAAUUGAAUCGAAAUUGCGUUCUGAGCAAACAUCCGAAGAGAAACGAAAGGAACACCAAAAAGAAUUAGCAAACGCUUUAAAUGAGAAAGCAAAAGAGCGACUUGCAAAACAAGGUGGUGCGAAAGAUGUUGAAAAAGUUCGGAAAAACACGGUUUCUUAUAAAAACACAAAUCAAAUGCCGAGAGUUUCGGAAGUCAAAGAAUUAAAGUUAUAUGUCGAUCAAAAAUAUGAAACGGUUAUUUUGCCGAUUUAUGGGCUUCCGGUUCCAUUUCAUAUUUCAACAAUUAAAAAUAUCUCGCAGUCUGUUGAAGGUGAUUACACUUAUCUACGUAUUAAUUUCUUCCAUCCUGGUUCUACAAUGGGAAAGAACGAGGGCGGUACUUAUCAACAACCAGAUGCUACCUUUUUAAAAGAGGUUACAUAUAGAAGUACUAAUACUAAAGAACCUGGAGAAAUUUCGCCUCCAUCUUCAAAUUUAAACACAGCAUUCCGAUUGAUUAAAGAGGUAAGAAAUCAAACAAAAUUAUUUAUUUAA